UUACUGCUUUCUAACCCUACUUUUGAACAUCCCAUUUACAUUAUGGUUGAUAUGAUUUGGUGCCUGGCAUCAUCUUAGAACUGAGAAAAGAGAGUCUCUCUUUAUAAGAUGAUGCUUGCUAGCUCCAGCUUUUAUAAGUAGAAUUUGAACUGUAAGCCACCCAGAGCCAUUGGGUUGAGUUGGGUGGUUAUAGAAAUUGAUUGAUUGAAUGAAUGAAUAAAUGAAUGAAUGAAAUAAAAUGCAUUGACUACUGAAUGUAUGAGUGUGUGUUCAGAUAAUUGGAUGCUUCUUUUAGUUGAUCACAUAAUUCAUUUAAUCACAGCCUUGAUUCUGCAUACAUGUUGCCAUGGUGUGUGAGCAUGCCACACUUUCAGUUUUAAGGAAACUAAAUAUAGGCAGGGAAAAUAAACAGUUUUAUUGGAUAAUUCAGCACAUUCUGACUUCUCCUUUAAUCUCUUCUUCCCAAAACAAGUCUCUUCAACAGAACGUAGAUCUACGAGGACAGUCUAUCUUUAAUACAACUCACACUUACAGCCUCUACAUCAAUUUCAAGAAUUUUGUCUGCAAUAUUGGCGAGGAUGCAGAGCUGCUUAUGAGCCUUUAUGAUCCAGACCAAUCCAAAUUUAUUAGUGAAAACUACCUGGUUCGUUGGGGAAGUAAUGGAAUGCCGAAGGAAAUUGAAAAGCUUAACAACCUUCAGGCUGUCUUUACGGAUCUCAGCAGUUCUGACUUGAUCCGGCCUCGGGUCAGCCUGGUGUGUCAAAUAGUCCGAGUUGGCCACAUGGAGUUGAAAGAGGGCAAGAAGCAUACUUGUGGCCUCCGGAGACCUUUUGGAGUAGCAGUGAUGGACAUUACAGAUAUCAUCCACGGGAAGGUAGAUGAUGAAGAGAAGCAACAUUUUGUUCCCUUUCACGUGAUUGGAGAGAAUGAGCCCCUCACAUCAGUCUUCAACAAAGUUAUUGCAGCCAAGGAAGUGAAUCAUAAAGGGCAAGGCCUCUGGGUUUCUCUGAAACUGCUGCCUGGUGAUUUAGCUCAGGUUCAGAAGGAUUUUUCCCAUCUCAUUGACAGAUCAACAGCUGUUGCCCGCAAAAUGGGAUUCCCAGAGAUUAUAUUGCCUGGUGAGGUUCGGAAUGAUAUCUACGUCACUCUGUUGAAUGGAGAGUUUGACAAAGGGAAAAAGAAGACUCCUAAGAAUGUUGAGGUUACCAUGUCUGUUCAUGAUGAAGAUGGAAACAUUUUAGAGAAAGCUAUCCAUCCAGGUGCUGGUUAUGAAGGUAUUUCAGAAUACAAAUCAGUUGUCUACUACCAAGUCAAGCAACCUUGCUGGUAUGAAACUGUAAAGGUCUCCAUAGAAAUAAAAGAAGUUGGUCGCUAUCAUUUAAGAUUUACUUUCCGUCACCGUUCAUCACAGGAAUCAAGAGAUAAAUCCGAACGGGCUUUUGGGAUGGCCUUUCUGAAGCUGAUGAAUGUAGAUGGUACCACUCUGCAGGAUGGCAGGCAUAAUUUAUUAGUCUACAAGGGUGAGAACAAAAAAAUGGAAGAUGCUAAGUUUUACUUGACGCUUCCCAGCACCAAGAUGGAGAUAGAAGACAGAGAUGUAGUUGCAUCCAAGCAACACAUGACCAAUUUUACUCUCAAUAAAGAUAGUACCAAGGACAGCUUUCAGAUUGCAACACUCAUCUGCUCGACAAAACUGACACAGAAUGUUGACUUGCUAGGAUUGUUGAAUUGGCGUUCAAACUCUCAGAAUAUAGGACACAACCUGAAGAAGCUGAUGGACGUGGCAGGAGGAGAAAUUGUUAAGUUUCUACAAGAUACACUUGACGCGCUGUUCAGUAUAAUGAUGGAGAUGUCUGACAAUGAAUCCUACGAUUUUCUUGUAUUUGAUGCAUUGGUAUUUAUCAUUUCCCUGAUUGGAGAUAUCAAGUUUCAGCAUUUUAAUCCAGUCCUGGAAACCUACAUUUAUAAACACUUUAGCGCCACCUUGGCCUAUGUAAAACUCACCAAGGUUUUGAAUUUCUAUGUUGGGAAUGCAGAUGAUUCUACUAAGACAGAUUUGCUUUUUGCUGCUCUGAAAGCUUUGAAGUACCUCUUUAGGUUCAUAGUACAAUCGAGAGCUCUUUACCUGGGAUUUUAUGGCAAAAGCGAAGAUGGGGAUGAGUUUAACAAUGCCAUUCGCAAGCUAUUCCUCUCCUUUAACGUCCUCAUGGAUAGACCACUUGAAGAAGCUGUCAAAAUCAAGGGUGCUGCCUUGAAGUAUUUGCCAAACAUUAUUAAUGAUGUCAAACUAGUCUUUGAUCCAGUGGAACUGAGUGUCCUUUUUAGCAAAUUUAUUCAAAGCAUCCCCGAUAAUCAGCUUGUCCGUCAGAAGCUCAAUUGUAUGACCAAGAUUGUGGACAGUGACCUCUUUCGUCAGUCUGAAUGCCGUGACAUUCUUCUCCCCCUGCUGGUAGACCAGCUAAGUGGACAGCUGGAUGAUAAUUCUCACAAACCGGACCAUGAAGCCUGCUCACAGUUGCUUAGCAAUAUUCUUGAGGUACUUGAUCGGAAAGAGGUGGGUCCAACGGCAGAUCACAUCCAGUUGAUAAUGGAGCGGCUUCUGAGGCGGAUAAACCGGACCGUGAUUGGAAUGGGAAGACAAUCUACUCACAUUGGUAGUUUUGUAUCCUGCAUGACAGCCAUCUUAAGACAGAUGGAUGAUUCCCAUUAUAAUUACUACAUCAGCACUUUCAAAACCAGGCAGGAUCUUAUUGACUUUCUGAUGGAAACUUUCAUCAUGUUUAAAGACCUCAUUGGAAAAAAUGUCUAUGCAAGUGACUGGAUGGUGAUGAAUAUGAUGCAGAGCAGGAUUUUCCUUCGAGCCAUAAAUCAAUAUGCCUCUGUGCUCAACCGUUUCUUUUUGGAUCAGGCAAGCUUUGAGCUCCAGCUAUGGAAUAAUUACUUCCAUUUGGCAGUGGCCUUUCUUACUCAUGAAUCCCUUCAACUGGAGACUUUCUCCCAGGCUAAACGGAACAAGAUAAUGAAAAAAUAUGGAGAUAAGAGGAAGGAAAUUGGCUUCCAGAUAAGGGACAUGUGGUACAACCUUGGGCCCCAUAAGAUUAAGUUCAUCCCUUCCAUGGUGGGCCCAAUUCUGGAAGUGACCUUGACGCCAGAGCCUGAGUUGCGAAAAGCAACCAUCCCUAUCUUUUUCGACAUGAUGCAAUGCGAAUUCAACUUCAGUGGGGGCAGAAAUUUCCGUAUGUUUGAAAAUGAGCUGAUCACUAAACUAGACCAAGAAGUGGAAGGCGGUCGAGGAGAUGAACAGUACAAGAUCUUGCUGGAGAAACUCCUCCUGGAGCACUGCCGGAAGCAUAAAUAUCUAUCAAGCUCAGGCGAAAUCUUUGCCCUGUUGGUUAGCAGUUUGCUUGAGAACCUUUUGGACUACCGAGCGAUUAUGCAUGAUGGCAGCAAGGAGAACCGCAUGAGUUGCACUGUCAACUUACUGAAUUUUUAUAAGGAAAAGAAAAGAGAAGACAUAUACAUCAGGUACUUAUAUAAGCUUCGAGAUUUGCAUACUGAUUCUGAAAGCUACACUGAGGCAGCCUACACACUCCUGCUUCAUGCAGAGUUACUUCAGUGGUCUGACCAGCCAUGUGCUCAGCAUCUGCUUCAGAGGGACAGCUAUUACGUCUACACACAACAGGAACUCAAGGAGAAGCUUUACCAAGAAAUCAUCGUCUUCUUCGACAGAGGCAAAAUGUGGGAGAAGGCCAUCCAGCUAAGCAAAGAAUUGGCUGACAUGUAUGAGAACAAAGUCUUUGAUUAUGAGAGCCUUGGAAAUCUCUUGAAAAAGCGGGCCACGUUCUAUGAGAACAUCAUGAAAGCAAUGAGGCCUCAACCAGAAUAUUUUGCUGUUGGGUAUUUUGGCCAUGGAUUUCCUUCCUUCCUUCGGAACAAGAUGUUCAUCUACCGUGGAAAGGAAUAUGAAAGGAGGGAGGACUUCAUUGUCAAACUGCUCACCCAGUUUCCAAAUGCUGAGAAAAUGAGCAGCACCGUCCCACCAACGGAAGAUGUCAAAGCUUCUCUUAAGCAAUACAUACAGUGUUUCUUAGUUAAGCCUGUCAUGAACCUUCCUCCAAGCUACAAAGACAAGCCGGUUCCAGAGCAGAUUCUAAACUUUUAUAGAUCCAAUGAAGUGCAACAGUUCCAACACUCGCGGCCUUUCAGAAAAGGAGAAAAACAUCCUGAGAAUGAAUUUGCAACUAUGUGGAUAGAACGUACCACCUAUACAACAGCCUAUUCUUUCCCCGGAAUCCUCAAAUGGUUUGAAGUCAAGCAAGUCACUAUGGAGGAAAUCAGCCCAUUGGAGAAUGCCAUUGAAACCAUGGAGCGGACAAAUGAGAAGAUCAGUAACUGCGUCCAACAACAUGCUUGGGACCGCGCCCUGCCUGUCCAUCCCCUCUCCAUGCUCUUGAACGGCAUUGUGGAUCCAGCGGUAAUGGGUGGUUAUACCAACUAUGAGAAGGCCUUUUUCAUUGAAAAAUAUAUUCAAGAACACCCUGAAGAUCAAGAAAAGAUUGAAUUACUCAAGCAACUAAUUGCCCUACAGAUGCCUUUGCUGGCUGAAGGGAUUAGAAUCCAUGGGAAGAAACUGACCGAGCAAUUGAAGCCUCUUCAUGAUAGGCUAACUUCUUGCUUUAAAGAGCUGAGAGAGAAAGUGGAGAAGCUCUACGGUGUGAUCACCCUGCCUUCCUCGCUGACGGAGAGAAAGCAGAGCAGGUCUGGUUCAGUGGUUUUGCCAUACAUUAUGUCCUCCACAUUGAGAAGGCUGUCAGUUACCUCUGUCACUUCUUCAGUCGGAUCAACUUCAUCUACAUCAUCUGACAGUGUUUCCUCCAGACCAGGAUCUGAUGGAUCUAUUCUUGAGCCACUGAUGGAAAGGAGAAGUUCAGCCGCCUCUAGGAUGGAAGAACAGCCUGCCAAAGAUGACGCGGAGAACCGGGCUAAUAAAUUCCGUCGGAAAGACUGGAGUCUCAGUAAAUCUCAGGUUAUUGCAGAGAAGGAGACAGAGGCUGAGAUGGCUUCCAAAACGAGAAAAGCACCCAGGCCAAAGAGCCUGCAACUGGGAGAAAGCAAACUAACUCUGCUUCACAACUCAUCCCUUCAACAAGCCUCAGCACUCAGCCCACCACCCAAAACACCGAGAACUCAAAGUAUGUUAAGUUUCCCUUCUCUGCAAGCAGAUGGAUUAACAACCGUUAACUUACAGAGUUCUCCUCCCCCACCGCCGCCCAAAUGCAAGCCCUAUGAGAAUAGCAGCUCCAGAAACUCCACAGAGGUGGCUCCACCUCUACCCACCAGGAGAGAAGUCAAACCGCCGCCACCGCCUCCUAAAACUAGGAAAUCCAGUGUCUUUUCUUUAGAGCCAGAACUACAAUGAGGACUCUACAUCAUGUCUCCUUGCAUCUGGAACUGAACGUCUGAUGCUUUGUGGACAUAUCUUGUUCUCCAGAGCAUCUCAGGAUUGGCUUCUUCCGGCUGGACAGCUUCGCCCUCCAUUCCUGCACAAAUGU